GCGCGCGGAAUAGUGACGGUUCGACUGGUGAACGAGAUGGUUGGGGUCAGAGUAUCGUUGGUUAGUGAAAGAUAAGAAAACGCGUGCAUUGUCUUAAUCGCACUGUCGCACAUUUUUCUAUAUAAAUUCUUCUUUGGAAUUUGAACGAUCGUUCGAUCUGUAGUAACCCGUGUUUAAUGGUGCGACGCCGUUAUCGAACAAUCCCACAGUGCACAUGUAUCAUGGAUGUCAAGGAGAUAGGCGUCGUCUGUUAAAUGCCAAAUUCGAAUAUGACAUCUCGCGUAACGGCACGAUGCAAAAUCAUAGCGGAUAAAUGUGAUGCGAGAAAACAAAGAGAAAAGUGUGUUGAAUAAUUGAUUUUUUCAAGAAAAAGUACAAAUAAUUGUAUUGUAACAUCGCCGUUAGAGAUGUUACCUUCGAACACGCUCGAGGUGGAAAUUGGAAGUUUGUCGCCUCCGAGAGAAUACGAAACGACCAAUAAUAGUUUCUUCCUAGAGACGAUGCCUAGUGACUUGCAUACCGAAACGGUAGCCUGCCGUUUGUUAGACACAGGAGUCGUUGCUCGGUGUCACGAGGAAAGCAACGACACGAGCAAAGCCAUCCCUGAGACCGAGUGCCUGAAAAAUAUGGUCGAAUCAGCCGUCGGUAACAGCAGGUCCGUCAACGAUCGACCGCGUCAGAGUUUUUCCAAGAGUUCCGCGUCUCUGCAAAGUUUAAUUCGUAGAAAAAGUCGAAAACACGGUGCAUCCUCGUUGCCAUUGGACGUUGAAGUGUCUUCGUACUCGUCGCAUCCUAGCUGCCAUAUCGACACAGUCAAGACGAAUGAUGCUGUACCUUACAGAAACGAGGAGGAAACUUACACGGCCACGCGUACAUCCACGCUUAUUUACACGUCCAGAGGAGACAACGUCCAGGAUGUCUCCUCGUCGACGACCAAUGUCGCGACACUCACCACGACCAGCAAUACGAGUAACGUUACUUCCUCGGCGAGCGGAAGUCGCGUCGGUAAUACAGCCUCUUCUUUGAUAAGAACGACCAGCGCGAUCACGGCCGAGCCGUCCGCGACUUCGUGGAACAAUUCCGCGGAAGAAGAAUUAGAUUACGUCGUCGAUCCGGUUCAAGGGAACGCUUAUUACAAAGGACAGUUGCUUGGGAAGGGUGGAUUCGCCAAGGUUUUCUUAAUGACUGACGUUAGCAAUGGAAAUGAAUAUGCGUGCAAGAUCAUUCGAAAAAAUCGGAUGCAGAAGAUUCACAUGCAAAAGAUCGCUCGUGAGAUAAUGAUUCACAAAGAGCUGAACCACGCGAACGUAGUUCAACUCCAUCACUACUUUGAGGAUAACCUUAACGUGUAUAUGCUUCUGGAAGCCUGUCCUCGAAAGAGUUUGAUGCACGUGUUGAAGUACCGUGGCAAAGUCACGGAACCGGAAGCACGGUAUUACAUGAGACAAAUGGUGACCGGCGUUGCGUACAUCCACUCCCAGAAAGUUGUUCAUCGGGAUUUGAAGCCAGGUAACAUGUUCCUAUCGGAUCGUAUGAUCGUGAAAAUUGGAGACUUCGGGCUGGCAACGAGGCUCGAUGGACAAUGUAGACGUGUGACAAUAUGCGGGACACCGAAUUACAUUGCGCCGGAAGUGUUGUAUAAACAAGCGUACAGUUACGAAGCGGAUGUUUGGGCGCUUGGUUGCAUACUUUACGCCCUGCUGGUAGGGCAACCACCUUUUGACACUGCGACAUUGAAGGAAAUUUACGCAAGGAUAUGUAAUAAUAAUUAUCGAGAGGUUGACGACACGAUAGCAAGUCGAAGUGGGCAGGAUCUCAUUAAAUGGCUACUUCAACCGAAUCCUGAGCUUAGACCAUCCUUGGAAAGGGUUAAGGAACAUGCUUAUCUCACCAAGGAAUACGUACCGACUUCCUUACCCCGUAUCUCUUGCUUCCAAAUGCCACCCACGUCUAUUAUUGACCCCAUGUCGUCGCCCUCUGCUAACUCGACGACUUCUAGGAAUCAAAAACUAAAUAAAAUUCAGGUUCAUACAACGCAACAAAUCCCGCAACAACCAUCGCAACCGCAGUCACAACCACUGCAACAGCAGCACCAAAUCAACCGAUCUCAGAAAAUUUUACGAAAAGAAUCAAAAGUUAUCAGCUGGUUAGCCAGAAAACUUCCAAAAGUCCCGAAAUUCCGGCAAAGAUUAAGCAGCGUUCUUUGUCCUGAUCACAAGAAAAUGGGAUACAUGGCACAAAGUAUGCAAAUGCAUCAAGCAUUAGAAACUUGCAUUACAGAGAUCAAGUGUAAGAAUAAAUUAACUAAUCAUCCACCAGUUAAAGACAUCGUACCUCUGUUCAUUACCAAGUGGAUUGAUUAUUCGAACAAAUACGGCCUAGGUUUUCAACUUUCUGAUAAAUCUGUUGGCGUUCUCUUCAAUGAUAACACGAAAAUUAGUUACACACAUGAUAGAAGAAGGGUGGAGUAUGUGACAACUGAUGACGAAGUAACAAGAUAUCAUAGAGAAGAAGACAUCCCAGUUGCUUUGCAAGAGAAACUUGAAUUGCUACAGCAUUUUACUCAGUAUAUGGAUAAAUUCAUGACUGAAGGUGGAGAGAUUAAGAAACACCGAGCUGUGACAAAACAGUCGAAGAAUGCUUGCGUGCCGCGAAUGAGGAGAUGGUUAAGAACUGAUAAAACCAUCGUAAUGGAACUAACAGUACCUCUUUUGCAAGUGAAUUUCUUCGAGGAUCACACGAAAUUGGUUGUCUCUCAGGAAUCUCCCCGUAGAGGAUAUAUAAUAACGUAUAUAGACACUAGUAGACGCACAUCUUCCUACUGGUUAAACGACAUACGGGAUUUUGGUUGUACCGCGGAUCUCUAUGACCGUUUGUAUUACGUUUACAAAGUAUCCAAAGAAUUUGCCGACAUGCAUAGCAAUACAAUCGCUUGACCGUCAAAGAUACGUCGAAAAAUGCGUUGUACAUUGAAAGCUUGAAAUUUUCUUUCUAAAAAUGUAAUGUCUGUUGCGUUAGCUGCCCUCGUGCAAUUUUAAAGAAAUUUAUUUCUUAUUUUUAUUGGGGAACGUAAAAGGAAUACAUUCAAACUGUUAUUUUCUUUGAAUAAAUUUUCAAAGGUUAAUUUAAAAGCAUUUUGUCUCGGGAUCAUCUGGCAAAAGAACCAUCAGUUUCGCAGACACUUGGCGGUCCCUGGCCCGAACUUGAAGCAUCCAGGGAGACGAACGUACCUCUCCUACGCCUACAAUAUCAAUUAGAUAGUAUAUUUCCGAUAAUGUCUAGCAAAAUUGAUAAGCCACCGAGAGUAUAUUUUAUUUGUUUUUGUAUAAGUGAUAUACCGUGUACAAGAAUUGUAAUAUUUGUGAGAAUUUAGAUAUGGGUUGUCCAAUUUUACGAUCUCUGAAUUGUUAUGGUAAGCAUAACGAUAAUGAAAGUUAAAUAAUGAAGAAUUACACCAAACCGUGUGACAGAAUAGUUAUUUUAAUAUUUAAUUAUAAUAGCAUAACACUAUUUGUGAUAAGCAGAAGCGAAAGAAAAAAUUUGUUAAAAUAAAUCACGUGUAAUGCGUUUUAGAAAAAAAAAAUCAUUUUUACAAUGCCAAACGUUCAUAAUUCAAGUGCCUACUGAGUGCAUGUGCGUGUGUGCAAUAUAAAUUUAGACUGUCAAUCCAUUUAUUGUAGAAAAGCUUGAUUAGUUGAAGAAACACCGGAAAUGAAAUAGAGCCUAAGUUGGAUGACCCUGUGAUGACGUAAAGUAUUUCAAACUGUAUCUGUCGCUCUAUGCUAUUAAUAAUGAAAUCGUAACAUUAAGUGAACAAGUCGAAUUGACUUCGUCGAACGACCUGGCGCACAUUAAUUUUUGUUUUACGAAGUUUCCAUAGUGGGAAAUUGUUUAUUGCUCUAAAUACAGUGAGCUGCAUAAGUAAUUGAA